UUAUUAUGAAUGUACUCAUUUGAUACUUAUUUUACAGAUUUCAUUUAUUGUCUUUGAUGUACUUUUAAUCGCUUUAACAUACGUCAAGAUGUUAAUUGAACAAAAAAAACAUGAUGUGGAGUUACGUGUAUCCAAUUAUCUGACACUCCUUGGGUUGAUUAUUAUCAAGAGAUUAACGUUAAUAACUAUCUUUAGUUCAGUCUGUGAAAAGCUCUACAUGGCUGUCUCUGAAACUGAUGCUGUUUGCAGUUGUUUGUUGCGGACUACUCAGAAUAUUGAGGAAAUCAAAAGAUUCUGCAAGAACGUGCAGCGGUUGAACCGUGCAGCCUUCCACAAGAUGAGAGCUUGUCACAUCUUCACGGUCGAUGGACGUCUACCUCAAGAGUUUUUCAAUCUGAAGUUUGGGUACAUAGUAGUUUUGCUGCAAUUUCUUCUUUUGUAAAUGCAUAAAAAGAAUUUUCAAAUUAGACCAUUAACUAUAAAUAUACUGACUUUUUUUAAUGGGACAAGCUCGCCACAACCUCCUGAAACCGCUGCAACUCCUGU